AUGGCAUCCGCAUCAGAUAUCCAACCUUGGCUCCGUUCACCCCCUCGGGCCUAUCUCCUCUCCAAGGCCUGCAUUGUCGAUGUGGGAACUGGCAGCAUCAAGAAAGACCACUAUGUGGUGAUCAGCGCGGGGAGGAUUGCGGCAGUCUUAUCCACUCCGCCCGACAAGCUGCCGACCGACUGCCUGACCGUCGAUUGCCAGGGCCGGUACAUCUGUCCCGGAUUAUUUGAUGCACAUGUGCAUUUUGUCGCCGUGCCCGGGUUUCAAAACCUCUCCAUGGCAUUUGGCAAUUUCAACGACGUGUCCCUCCUGCGACAGCCGUAUGUGGCCACCCAGAUGCUCCACCGCGGCUUCACCAGCGUGCGGGACUGCGGGGGUGCCCAACUGGCCUUCAAACAGGCCAUCGAAGACGGCGUGUUUCCUGGCCCACGGCUGUUCAUCGCCGGUCAUGCCCUGUCGCAAUCAGGGGGGCACGGAGAUAUUCGCAGCGCCCACGACCACGUACAAUGUUGUGGAGGACAUACCAAUGGCCUCGGGCGCAUUUGCAACGGCGUCCCGGAAUGCAUGACGGCCGUCCGGGAGGAGAUUCGUUCGGGCGCUGAUUUCAUUAAGAUCAUGGGCUCCGGGGGUGUUUCAACCCCGACAGACCGGUUGGAUCAACUGCAGUUCACUGGGUCGGAGAUCCGGGCCAUGGUGGAAUGUGCCGAUAACGCCGGCACCUAUGUGACCGCACAUGCCUAUACCCCGAAAGCCAUCAUGCAUUGUAUCGAAAAUGGCGUCAAAGGGAUCGAACACGGCAAUUUCAUCACCGAGGAGGUCGCGGACAUCAUGGCUGCCCGGGGCAUCUACUUGACCCCGACCCUGAUAUCCUACGCCGAGAUGGAUUCGGCUCGUUGGCGAGGCUAUCUGCCCGCCAAUGGCCAGGCCAAGAACACCGAAGUUCUGACCGCCGGCCUGCGCAGCCUCAAAAUCGCAUCCGACGCGGGCGUGACCAUCUGCUACGGAAGCGAUCUACUUGGUCCUCUGGGUUUGGCACAGACGGGGGAGUUUGCGCUCAGGGCCCAGAUUCUCAGUCCGCUGGCCGUUCUACAGAGCGCAACCAUCAACCCAGCCAAGAUGGUGGGGCAACAAGGAUUGAUCGGUCAGAUCAAGGAGGGAUUUUGGGCGGACAUCCUUGUCCUCAAUAGGAACCCGUUAGAAGAUGUUACCAUCUUUGAUCGGCCGGAGGAUUGUGUCCUCGGAGUGAUGAAGGAGGGCCGGGUGUAUAAGAGCCGCUGGGAGGGCCUGAAGGAGGAUGCCGACAUCCCGGUGCGAUUGACCCCAUCAAGGCAAUAGGAUUAUCGGCUCAUUGUCUCUAUAUUUCACCCUGAAUGAGUCAGGGCAAUCGCGGUAUGUAAGAGUCUCGUUAUGUAACACAUUUAAGGCACAAACGGUCGGUUCUACGGCUGUUCCGCUGAGAUCUGAUCCUCCAUCAGUUUUAACAAAGCUCCUUCGACAUCUUCCUGCCCCAUAAACACCUCCACCACUCUCAACCCGCUUCCCUUUUGAAUGCGAUCAUCCUCCAGGAUUCUGUCAAGCUCGGCGUAGGUUCUUGCGCUGAAACUGUUGGCAGAUUGCUCCUCUGUACCCCCAAAGAAGGCGAUAGUGUGCUGGUGUCUCCAGGAAGCGAUGUCAUUGUAGGACUGCUUCCUUCCAUGGAUUGCACGCUCGAUAGUAU